AUGGCAAAAAAGAGACAAGCUGAAGAUGAUAGUUAUGAAUCAAGACAAAGAAAAAUAAUUACCAGAAGUAAAUCUAAAUCUAUUACUUCUGAUGCUCCUGAAAUUACUGGAUCAUCGUCCACUUCUGUUAUUUCACCAUCCGACUCUACUAAAAUUACUGGACCGAAAUCUUUUUCAACUUUUACAAAAUCAUUAACUCUUACAAAACCAUCAUUUAAAGCAAACAUUUCUGCAUCAACUUCUGAAAAUGACAACUCGCUUACAUCAUCAUCUCAUAAUUCUACUCCCGUAUCAUCACCCCAUAAUUCUAUAACUAAUACUCCCGCAUCAUCACCCCAUAAUUCUAUAGCUAAUACUUCUGCAUCAUCAUCCCAUAAUUCUAAAAUUAAUACUCCUGCAAGAGCUGUUCAUAAUCCUAAAAACAAUACCCCUGAAAGAGCUGUUCAUAAUCCUAAAAAUAAUACUCCUGAAAGAUCUCAGUCCAUUGAUCUUGCUGAUUUUGAUAGCGAUACAUAUGAUAAUGAAGAACCGGAUGUAACUAUUAAUCUUAAUUCUGAAAAUCAACAAAGUGAAAAUCAACAAAGUGAAAUUCAACAAGGCGCACAAGAUGAAGUUGUAAUUGAUUUAGAUGAUAAUGUUAUAACAUUAGGAGAAGUUGCUGAUGCAAAGGUAGACAGAUUGGUAAAAGGAUUCAUCAAUACCUUCGUUAAAGACAAAAAUUUAUGGGAUCAAUUUAAAGAUAUUGUGGAAUCAAUUCCUGCGCCUAUUAAAAUUAAUCCAUUAUCCACUAAUGUUGUGAAUUUUCAGAAAAAUAAAUCAAAUGUAGAUGAAACUAGGAAUCAAAAGAAUUAUUUGACCGAAUUUAAUUCUACAGGUGCAAAUACUUUGAUUCAAAAAUCAUUAAAUAAUUUCAAUUCAUGGAGAAAUACUUUCAAUACGAAAUUAACAGCACUUGUUAGCGAGAUGGUAGAACAACUUGAGUUAACUGAGAUGCCAACUAAUUCAGCUUUAGUUAAAUUUGUUGAUAAUUAUGUUAUAAAAAGUUUAUUGGAAUUCUGGAUGUCACAAUUACAUUCAAGUUUGACCAACACGAAAGCUCCUACAAAGCAUUAA